AUGACCACCCGUUAUCGCGUUGAAUAUGCCCUCAAGACCCAUCGCCGGGAUCAACUGAUUGAAUGGAUCAAGGGUUUGUUGGCGGUUCCCUUUGUGCUGCAUUCCCAGCCGACGGUGAUCUACCAGGAACAUAGCGAGGGCCUCAAGCGUGUCGCGGCAGACACGCACCAGCGCUAUGCUGAAAUCAUGCGAGAUGUCGAGAAUCUGAUCAACGAUCACAGUAAGUCGCACGUCGCACGUCGCAGGCAGCAUCCUCUUCGUCUCCCGCUCAUCACCCCGCAGUUCUACAUCACCAACGAGAUGACCCGGUUGUAUUUAGAGGAUGCCUUCAAUUACCAGGAUGAGCAGCGAUUCAUCAGCCGACGAAGAUUCGUGGCCCCGUCCUUUAACGAUAUCCGCCUUAUCUUGAAUUCGGCCCAACUCCUGGGCCUAGUCCGCUCCAGCGAGGUCGACCUUGUGACCUUCGAUGGAGAUGUCACUCUUUACGAUGACGGGGCCUGUUUGACUCCGGCAAACCCCGUGAUCCCGCGGAUCCUCCGUCUUCUAGAGCAGGGGCGCAAGGUCGGCAUCGUCACCGCCGCCGGGUACGAAGAGGCUCCCAAGUACUAUGGCCGUCUAUACGGCCUCCUCGACGCCGUGCAUGACUCCAAGAAAUUGACGCCGUCUCAGAAGGAAGGGAUAAUCGUGAUGGGCGGUGAAAGCAAUUUCCUUUUCCGUUUCGAUCAAGAGUCAGAGUCUCGACUGGCCUACGUGUCCCGGAAGGAAUGGUUGCUGGAGGAGAUGCGCGCAUGGCAUGAUGACGACAUCAAGCAGUUGCUGGAUAUUGCCGAGGAUUCUCUACGGGCUUGCGCCUCCAACCUUGGCCUGCCGGCUGCGGUGCUCCGUAAGGACCGGGCAGUCGGCGUUUAUCCCGUCAACGGGGUUCGCAUCGACCGCGAGCUUUUGGAGGAGACCGUGCUGGUUGUUCAGAAUACAGUUGAACGGUCGGCUGUGGGCUCGCGCCUUCCAUUCUGUGCAUUCAACGGCGGCAAUGACGUUUUCGUGGACAUUGGCGAUAAGUCGUGGGGUGUUCGGGUUUGUCAAGAAUAUUUCGGUGGCAUUGACCCUUCAAAGACCCUUCAUAUCGGCGAUCAAUUCCUGUCCGCUGGUGCGAACGACUUCAAGGCUCGCCUGGCAUCCACAACUGCUUGGAUCGCCAGCCCCGCGGAGACUGUCGAGCUCUUGGAUGAACUGGAGGCAGCCAUCAACAAGUGA